AUGCAGGAUAUUUAGCUUAAUUCAAAGCAACUCGACUAGAUAUGUGAGGUGGGGAAUGAAAAUACGUUUAAGGGAGCUGAAAACAACCAAUAACACGUUUUAUAUGAUUUUCCUGCUUUUGUACAGGAAUUCCACAGCUCACGGGCUCAAUAACUGAAUUAAAGUUCAGUCCUCUUUCUCAUCGCUUUCCUCAUCACCAGGGAGUACCUCCCCCGGUCUCGUCUUGUAACAUGAACAAGCGGCACCUUUUUCCAUCAAAUGUUUUCUUCAUCAUGGACAAAUCUCAGUGAAGAUCUCGCUCACGGCUUUUCGUUGCGUUCGGGUUGUUUGAUGCGCGGACGAUAAUGGGACGCGGUCUUUCACGCACUGACUGGUACCCGACUGGAUAAAAUACCUUUUUUUUUUUAAAGAGGAAUUUUGCUGACUUCUCCAACUUUUAUUUUCGAAUGCUUGCAGGCCCUGGUGGAGCAGUGUGAUGACUCUCAUUCCCCUGUGUCUGCUGCUGCUCUGUGCCCUGCCCCUGUGGGUUCCUGUCUGGGGGGGCCACGGUGAUGGUGUUGAUGAAGAGUAUGGCUGGUCCAUGCAGCGGGUCCCGUUGAUUCUGGACAGCCACACAGUGCAUCUGCGGAGCCCCACGUUUGGUGGGAAGGUUGAGGGGGCAGGUGAGGAUGAGCAGGGGGGGUGUGGGAUAAAGUGUCAGAGCGCCCUCCCCCCUCCCGACUGGGCCACACUGGAGAGCAUGCUGGGAUACGAGACGGUGUACGAGAACGGCACGCGCACGCACAGUGACGUCACGCUGCAGGGCCUGAAUGACACAACCUCACACACGCCCUUACACACCCCCUCACACACUCGCAGGAAACGUCAGGUGUACGGCGAGGACGGACGCUUUGUCAUCUCGGACAGCCACUUCACCACCAGCUACCCGUUCUCCACGGCGGUCCGCCUGUCCACGGGCUGCUCCGGGGUCCAAGUGUCUGAAAAACACAUACUGACGGCGGCCCACUGUGUCCACGAUGGGAAGGACUACCUGCAGGGGGUCCGCAGGCUGAAAGUGGGGGUCCUACAGGUCAAAUCUAAACGAGGUAGGAGGGGUGGGAGGAGGAGAGGGGGGAGGAGAGGAAGAGGAAAGGGGCAAGGAGAGGAAGUGGUAGGAGAAGAGGAGAAAGGGAAUGGGAUAGAUGGAGAAGAACCGAGACAGGAGCAGAGACGGAGAGGAGGGAUGCAGAGAAGGAGGAAGGGAGAAAGGGUUGAUGAGACUGGAGCAGAGGGAGUUGAAGGAGGGAACAUGGAGAAGGAGAGGGGACAAGGAGAGGGUAGGCAGAGAAAGAAAGGUAGCAGAAGCAGCCGUGUACAACGCAGCACCGAACCCAAAACUCAGCCCUCCUUCCACUGGACACGCGUAAAACAAACCCACAUCCCCAAAGGUUGGAUACACACAGGAGAUAGAACCAACGCCAUAUCCCACAACUAUGACUACGCCCUCCUGGAGCUCAAACAGCCAAUUAAACAGAAGCACAUGAAACUGGGUGUAGUGGCCGCUACAAAGCCCCUCCCCUUGGGUCGCAUCCACUUUUCAGGGUUCGACAACGAGCCAGAGGGAGGACAAAAGGAGGGAGAGAGGGAAAAGGUGGUCUAUCGCUUCUGUUCAGUGACGGAGGAGUCAGACGACCUGUUGUAUCAGCAUUGCGAUGCCCAGCAGGGGGCGUCAGGCGCUGGUGUAUACAUCCGCCUCAGACAGGAAGUGGUGGGGUCCAAUAAGGGGAAGUGGCAGCGGAAGGUUAUCGGGGUGUUCUCAGGGCACCGCUGGGUGGACGGGGACGGGGGUGAACAGAGGGACUAUAAUGUGGCGGUGAGGAUCACUCCGCCUAAAUACGCUCAGAUCUGCCACUGGAUCCAUGGGGAUCCCAGCAUGUGUAGGGAGGCCUGAGACACCAGGGAUCUGUCAGACUGAUCAGAGUAAGAAAAAAAGAAGAUAUGCAUUCAUGUAGUGCCUUUCACUGAGACCUCAAAGCGCUGAGGUGGCGGUGGACAAACUAACCAAUGGCCAGCACAGACAGAUCAGAUGGAAUAGAACUUUAAAAUAUGGGAUGAUUUCCGUUGCUCUGGUCAAUCAAACAGAUCCCUAUCCAGACUGAGGUCUCAAAAUUCUAUGGUGCGCUAAAAACAGGUUUCUUUGUCACGUGCUUUUUGAUGUUUUGUUUCCAAGAAAUACCCAUCGUGCACAUAAUAUGGGUGCUAAGAUGACUUCCGUUGGGGAUGAUUUUUCUUGGGUAAAUCUUAGUUUUUACUGUCUCUACAUGAUUCAGUUAUCUAGCCAAUGCUCUUUUUGGGUGCAAAUAAGGGUUAUAAUAGUUAUCCGAAUAUUUUUUUUCAGGGUCUAUAUUUUGAGUGUAUAUGUGUAUUUUGUUGAGCAUGUCCUAAACAUACAUUUUGCUUGGGAAAAAAAUUGGAUCAACAAUAAUGUAAAAAAUAAAAUGUCUUUAUAUUAAAACCUACCAUUGAAUACCAAAA